CCCAGUCCAACCAGAGGAGCGGGAUGAAACGAACAGUCAACAAUGGGCAUGGAUUCAGUCCAUCGUCAAAGCCUGAAGAUCCAGCGUUCUUGCAACUGAAUGCACAAGCUUUUCAGUAUUGCCUAUUUAACGUGCAAAAACCCACCAGUCCCAAAUGGACCAUUGCUGCAAAAAGAGACUUGCAGAACUUUAUGAACUUGGACUCUGUGUCUGCCAUUGAAUUAAAACAUGUUAGGAAGGCUCUAACAUCUGAAGAUGAUCUGGAACUGAAUGUGGUAGAUAUUGAAUCCAGAUCCGAGAGUCUGCCUAAGCACCUGGCUCAGUCUUGUGAUCUUUCUCAUACUGGGAGUCAAAGUCCCCCAGAAGUCCCAGUGGAUGAAUAUCACUACUUCACACACAAUAUUAAAGUGGGUGGAGAAGAGAAGAUUCUGGUGACAUUUUCUGAAUCGGUCCAUCACUUCUACUGCCAAUUGGACAGAAAUUUGACCAUGUUGGAAAAACUCCGGAAAAUUGUUGCACUACUACCUGCCAAUCAUCAGAGCUCAGAUUGUCCACUUGGACUUAAUAGCAUUUGCUUAGCCAAGUAUACUGAUGAUCAGUGGUACAGAGGUCUAAUAGUAGAAAGAUCCCCAAAUCUCAAGGUGCACUUUGUUGACUAUGGGGACACCCUUGCUGUUCUUGACACUGAUAUUUGCCCCUUGCCUCCUGAAGCAAGUAUCGCCAGGUCUGUUCCUGUUCAAGCUGUUCCACUCGGGCUGUUCAAUGUUCCUGCAGAUGUAUCACUGGAAAUCAACGAGUGGUUUGCCAACCAUGCUGUGGGGAACAAUUUCACCAUUUCAGUAGCAGCAAAAGGGAAGAAGGGGAAGCUGUUGGUUGAACUGUUUGAUGGAUCACUAAAUGUAAAUGCCUUGGUCAAGGAGAAGGUGACAAAAAUGAGACGACCAAUGAUGACUGUUGUGUUUCCUGACGAUGAAGUCUCUGUCUCAAAAAAGACUACUUUGCCAAAUGAGGAUCAUUCCCUACCUGAACUCACCAGAUCAUCAAUAUUAAAGAACAACACUGGCCCAGAAAUGCAGGAAAACAAGGAAAUGUGUCCCACAUAUGCCUCAUCACCAAAGGCGGAGCAAGUGAAGGAUUUGGACAUCAUUCUUAAGAACAAUAAAAGCAGGACGGAGACUUUAAAUCAUAGCUUCUACAGCAACUUAGAAAUGACUCAGUUUUCAUCCCACAAUCACCCAAAGCAAAAUGCAGAGGGUUACAUGUACAACUGGUCAAAUAUUUCCCAAAACAUGGCUGUGGAUGCAUAUGCUUCUUGUAUUUCAGGCCCACAUUACUUCUGGUGUCAGCAUGCCAACACAGAAGACCUUGACAAACUGUCAUGUCUUGCUAAUGAGGUUGCAAAGGCACAAGACGUAAUUUCGCCUGAGCAUCUUAAACCUGGUGUUCCCUGCCUUGCUCUGUUUUCAGAAGACAACAAAUGGCACAGAGCUCAAGUAACUGAGAACUCAGACGAAACAGUCCAUGUCUUGUUUGUUGAUUAUGGCAAUGAAUGUGAUGUUGAGAAAAAAGAUGUAAGAUUGCUGUCUCAAAACCUGCUAGAGAUGGCUCCUCAGGCUUUUCUGUGUCGUUUGGAUGGCUUUAUGGAGUCCAGUGGCUUUUGGGAUAAUGAGGUCUACGAUGACUUCUACAAUCUCAUAGUUGACAAACCACUUAAAGUGACAGUUGUGGCCGGAGGAGAUUAUUCAGAGAAUGGUGUUCCCCAACACACAGUAACCAUAGAAUGUGACAAGAUUGUAGUUAACAAGGUCAUUCAGAAAUACUGGAGGUCAUUUUCUGGAGAACAUUCUGGAAAUAUUGUGGCAAAAGAUUUUCAAGCCAGCAACAGCAGGGAUCAUCUUGGGCCCUCCAAAGAAAAAACAAGUACUUUCACGUACAAGCAGCCAGAAGUGUUCAAAACUAAAACCGAAAUGGUGUACGCGUCCUGCAUUGCAGAGCCAAAAUUCUUCUGGUGUCAGUUUGCCAACACAGAGGAUUUAUGUGAAGUGUCCCAGCUAGCCCAGGAAGCUGGUAAGGCACAGCAGGAUGUGACAUUCCUUCAAAGUCUUGGACCAGGGAGCCAUUGUCUUGCUUUGUUUCCUGAUGACAAGCUGUGGUACAGAGCGAUGGUAGUCCAGAAAGACAACAGAACGGUACAUGUCCUGUUUGUGGACUAUGGAAACGAGUCAGACGUCGACAUCCAAGACACAAGACCUUUGCCUCAGAAUCUUCUGGAGAAGGUACCCCAGGCCUUUCUUUGUCGUUUGAUUGGAUUUGAUGAGUCUAAAGGCUCCUGGGAUGACCAAGCUUAUGACUUCUUCUACAAGCUUUUGGUUGAUAAACCCCUUAAACUGACUGUGUUCAGUGCAGAGAGCCAUUCAGAGAUGCCAGUUCCUCAGUAUGCAGUGGAAGUUGAAUGUGAGUUGGUAUCCAUAAAUGCAUCACUGCAACAUUACUGGAAACCAUUUACAGAAGAAUGUGCUGUGACAGAGUACCUUUAGACAAUCAGCUGCUCACAAGGCAGUCCAACUCAAACAUUCCUCCAGUUUGUGUCUUACCAGUCUUAGCGGAAUGAAGCAUAUCCAGAAGUAUGAUGGUUUUGUAUUAAUCUUUUGAUGACCCUAGUUUCCUUAGGUGUCAGUGUGUCUGCCCAGAAGAUCUGAAAGAGUUGUGACUUGCAGUCACAUCGUCGUCCAAUAAGAGACUUGUAUAUGCCUCUGAGGAUUCGUCAUUCCUAUUUCUUCUUGUCUGUUAAAAUUUGUACAAAACCAAAUAAAGAUGUUCAUGAGCAAAUUAA